GAAUCAGCAGCUAAUUAUCUAAUCGAUAAUGAUUUAUCAUUCAAUUUAUCACUGAAUUUUAUUCGUAAUAGUCCAAUUUCAUCACCUUAUGGAUAUACGGUGAAAUUAGCAAAAGCUUCAAAGCCUUUAGGCUCAUUAAUUAAUGAUGAUAUUAUAAGGAAUAAAACGAUACCAAUUGCAUGGUUU